AUGUUCCGUCUCUCCGCCCUGUCCACCCGCCAGGCGGUCCAGCGUCUCGCUGUUCAGGCUCGCCACCAGUCUACCAAAUCUGCUGCUGCUGCUUCCAGCAUGUCCGCCAAGAACAUGUCCAUGGCUGUUGCUGGUAUUGCCACCGUCGGCACUCUUGCUUACAUGUCCAUGGAGACCGUUGACGCCAACAUGGCUGCUGAUGGUCUUCAUGCCCCCGCUUACCCCUGGGACCACAAGAAGAACCUCGCCACCUUUGACCACGCUGCUAUCCGCCGUGGCUACCAGGUGUACAAGGAGGUUUGCGCUGCCUGCCACUCUCUUGACCGCAUUGCAUGGCGCAACUUGAUCGGCGUUUCUCACACCGAGGCUGAGGUCAAGACCAUGGCCGAGGAGUUUGAAUACACCGAUGGACCCAACGAUGUCGGUGAUAUGUUCCAGCGCCCUGGAAAGCCCUCCGACUACAUGCCCCAGCCCUAUGCUAACGAGGAGCAGGCCAGAGCCGGUAACGCUGGAGCUUACCCCCCAGAUCUCUCCUUGAUGAUCAAGGCCCGUCACGGUGGAGCCGACUAUGUGUUCUCGCUGUUGACUGGAUACCAGGACCCCCCAGCUGGUGUUGAGAUCCGUGAGGGACUCAACUUCAACCCUUACUUCCCCGGCGGAGCCAUUGGUAUGGCCCGUGUCCUGUACGAUGGCUUGGUCGAGUACGAGGAUGGCACCCCCGCUACUACUUCCCAGAUGGCCAAGGAUGUGACUAUUUUCCUCAGCUGGGCUGCUGAGCCCGAGAUGGACGAGCGCAAGAAGAUGGGCAUGAAGGCAUUGACUUUGCUCGCUAUCUUGACUGGCCUCUCGGUCUAUCUCAAGAGGCACAAGUGGGCUGGUCUCAAGACUCGCAAGAUUAUUUACAAGUAA